UCUUACACUGCUAAACUACUCUAUUGCUAGCUAGCUCUAGCCGGGGAACGAACACUGGUCUUCGCCAUGGAGUGCACCUCAAGAACCGGGAGGCGGCUCUCGUGCUGCCUCCUCCUUGUCGGCGUCGUCCUGCUGGCCUCCUCCCCGGGCUCGGCGGCCGCGCCUCGCCGGCUGCUGCAGACCUGCCUAGGGCAGGACUUCGACGUGCCGCACGCGCACCUCCGCGCCAAGAACGACGUGCGGCCGCUCAAGUACACGCAGGAGCUCUCCGACCGGGCGGCGGCGUGGGCCGCCCAGUUCAAGGACAACUGCGCGGCCGCCGCGCCGGCGCCGGGCAUCAACGUUUUCCUGGGCAACGCGGGCACCACCUGGUUGCCCAGCGACGCCGUCGCCGCGUGGGCCGAGGAGGAGCAGCACUUCGACUACGGCUCCAACACCUGCGCCGACGGCAAGGGCUGCGGCCGCUACACGCAGAUGGUGUGGCGGGGAAGCAAGGAGUUCGGCUGCGCCACCGUCGACUGCGCCUCCGGGGAGACGCUCAUGGCGUGCCACUACGAGCCGCAGGGCAACAUCAUGGGCCAGAAGCCCUUCUGAUCCCAUGCGAUCCCUCGCCGGCAGCCGGCGGCGGAGCACCGGGAACCAUGGUGCCACACUAUCGCUCCUAAUCAUGCUUUGAGCUGUUUUUCAUUUCCUCUUAUACCUAGCUAAUUAUUUGUUGAGAGUUCAGCAAGAUGAUAUGUGCCAUGAGAGUGACGAGCUUAUAAGUUUGUCCUCGUUUGUUUUGUUCAUGGCAUGAUCUCAUGAGAACCAAACCUGUCUCCUCGUAUCUCAACUUACAUCAUCUUUAUUCGUUUUUACUGUGUUGAUUUCAGUUA